AUGGUUGAGAAGGGUGCAACAUCUUUGGAGAACGUUGUUGAUUACAAAAUAUUUGUUUUGUCCACUAACAAUGGGCAUGGAGUAUCGGCUGAUUUGGAAGAAUUAUUAUUUGAUAUUUUAUCGUAUGCACAGACUCUCACAGAUGAUUACAUAUGGGAGAAAGACUGCUUCAGUUUGACAUUGCAACACUUGAAAACUCCGAGUCCAAAUGAUUCCUUAUAUUUAGAUCAAAAUAUUUAUUUUGAAGGAAGCACAAACUUUGGUGAUAACAUUGAUGAUGAAUGGUUCAUAGUGUAUCUUCUUUUCAAUAUAACAAAGCAAUUUCCAUUUGUGGUGUCAUCUGUCACUGACAACGAUGGAGAAUUUCUACUUAUAGAAGUUGCAGAUUAUCUUCCUAAAUGGUUGGAGCCUGAGACUAGUGAAAACAGAAUUUUUAUCUAUCAAGGAAACCUUCAUAUCAUACCUUUCCCUAGUAAUCCAUCAGAAAUCACCAUUAUACCAACUGGCAAACCUACUCUUCAAAAGGCUCUUGCUGUACUUAAAACUAACGACGAGAAAACUAUUGCUUUUCCAUGGAUUCAAGAUGUUUUACAUAAGAAGAUUAUUGAGCAAAAACAGAAAUCUAAAGAAUGUUUUCAUCAUGUCUUAUGUUUUAUUCCUAAAGAAGUGAAGUACUUACUUGAAACAAAUUGUUCUCUUAUUUCUCUGGCAGUAUCAGCUUUUGUUAAUCAAGAUAUUUUUGAUAUUAAAUCCAGUCAUACAAUGAAAUUUGAUUUUCAAUCUUUGGUGCCUUACCGGGUCCGCUUUACGAAGAGUCUUUUUGCUCAACUGGUCCAACAUGAGUUUACUGCAGGUUCUAAUGUAAGCAAUUUCUUACCUGGAGCAUCAAGUCCUUGGUAUAAAGGUCACCUCAUUGGGUUAAAAUUAACUUAUGGUUUUUUGAUUUUAUGUAAUCAGCAGCAUGGGCUCCAUACAGGAGUUUGUAAUUCAAGCAAUCAAACCAGCGAAAAAUGGAAAAAAUAUCUUGACUCUUUGAAGAAACAUGGUUACUUUCGAAAUGAAAUCGUUGGCUCACAAUUAUACAACCAAUUGUUAAAAAACGCUAAAGAAUAUUUCUUUAGGAUUACUGACUUUAAUUCUUCACAAUUUGACCCUAAUGUUAGUAAAGUCAAACAUUUAUUGGAAACAAUGCCAAGUUCUUAUAAAGAGCAAAAUUUGUUGAAGCCUGAAGAAUUUCCAUGUGAUGAUGAUGAAUCUUGGUUGGAUAUUUCACCAGAACAAAUUGAUUCUAUUUUAUUUCAGUAUGGAAAAAAUGAGCAAAUUAAUGAAAAUAUUGAUUUACAAGAAGUUGUUUUUGGGAUGAAUUCAUUUGUAGAGAAAAUGUCAAGUUUUGAAGGAGCAGAGUUGCCAAAUAAUAUUCUUGAUAACGACAUAGAGUUUGAUCCUGAAGGUUUUGUGGAUUGUAUUAAUGAUUAUUUCUUAGAGUCAAAACCAAAUGAUGAUGACAGUUCUGACAAUGAAAUAAUCAUCAAUGAAGAAAUCGAGAAAUAUGCAUCAGCAAUGGAUAAGGAACUUUCCAAAACAAAUAUUGGAAAGAGUUUUGUCAUGGUUAAAGAUGACAUAAAACUAGACUUGAAUAAAGACGAGCCAUCACAAUUGCCAAAUAUGGAUAAUGUAACAAAGCAAGUAGAUAUUGACUUAAAUCUUGUUCAGAAUUUUUUGGAAUCUUAUUCACUUCAGCAAGGAUUGUCAGGUCCUGUGUCUAACAUCCUUGGUUCCAUGGGUUUAAGUUUACCAGAAAAUGCCCCUCAGAAAGAUUGAUACUUAAGACUAUUACAUGACUAGACGUACAAAUUCAACAAUUACUCACAUACAUAGUGCUAUUAAAUGUUUAAUUUUCUAAGCAGUAUUUUUAACAUGGUGCUCUUUAUAAUCACUAUAUAA